AUGCGGCGAACAUUGGUCCCCACGAGCCGGUUCAAACUCCGCAUUGUCCACAUUGUGCCCCACAAAGCGUAUUUUGAUAGGCGGCGGCCUCGUGGGGAUGGACGGUGCACCGGUCGGUGGGGUAGGGUAUAUAACGCGUUACACGGGGCUCGCCAGCCACCCGUCACCGGCUCGUCGUCCGCCUCGUUGUCGUCGCCCUACCCCACCCUACCCUACCUUAUCCUUAUCCUUACCCUACACUUCUACAUGCCUUCUUUCACCGUCUACUGCGACGCGCCGGACGCCGACCCGUUCGUCGUUGCCACCCCCGUCGUUGUGCCACCCACCACCACGGUCACGGCGAAAGCUGUGCCUGCCCGCGGCCGCCCCGUCAAGCGGCCCUCCUACGCAGCAAAGGAGAACCUCCACCCGACCACGGGCAAGCGACGCCGCGCCCCUGCUGUCGGCGCCGCCGUUGCCCGGCCCAUCGUGCUCGCUGUGCGCCCCGUUGAUGCCCAGCCCGUCAAGCGCGCCAAGCUCGACCUCGCAAAGGGCAAGUCCAAGAUCCCGAAGCGCCUCCCGCGCCUCUCGGAGGAGUUCAUCCCCGCGACAGACUUCGCGGCCGCAUACGAUGCCGCGUUUGGCCUGAAUUUGGAGGUCGAUUUGGCGGCGCUGCUGGGCAAGGUGUCACUGAAGGAUGUGGAGAAGGAGGAACGGCUGUUUUCUCAGUCGACAUCGAAGAAAUCCCCCCGACUCGCUGCGUCCACCUCCGCUCUCCCCGAGAAGCAUUUCACCACGCCCGAGCGCGAGUACAUAUACUCCGCCUUUACUUUCACGACGCCUUCGCCCAUCAGCCUCACCGCUUCCUCCUCUGGACCCAAGGGCGAUGGCCAGGCGUCGCCCACCCCGAAGGCCGCGUGGUCCGACCGCGAGGCCCUCCGCUUCAAGUUCUAG